AGAACCGGAGAAGCAAACCAAGGAAACGAUCGACGAUGCGGCGCGAGGGACGGCAGCGAGGGUGGGUCCGCGUCUACGACCGCGCCCUGGUCGACCCGGACGGCAACCGCCGCGCCGUGCACGUCGUGGACGGCCCGGCGGUGGCCAACGGCGGCUACAUCCGGGCGCCGAGGAAGCCGACCAACCAGUCCAAGUCCGGCGGCCUCCGGACCCUCGGCAGGGACUCCUCCGUCGCGCAGGAGGACGAGGAGGAGGAGCCGCAGCCCCAUCCGCCGCUGGGCGAGCGGCCUUCUGCUGCCGGGUACUACUGCAGAACCACGUGCCAGUCACCCUUCAAGUUGCAGGAGGUGCCGCGCCGGUGGACGUACUACGCCUUCGUGCCCGAGCAAGCGCCGUCCCGUCCGGCGACGGCAGCGCGUUCCGGGGGAAGAGCGUCGUGCAAGGGGGGCCGCAAGUUCAAGCACAACGAGGUCAAGAUGUACUACGUUGACGCAGCCGAUGACGCCGAGGGGCGCCUCGAUUACCUCUGUGACUUCGAUUCAUGAAGCACGGAAGGACUUCUUAUUUUUCUUCUUCUUUUCUUGUGCCGCUUGUGUCCUGGGAAGUUCAGCAAGAUGAGUCGUUGUAUGUGUUCUCUGUCCCUUUUGUUGUUAAUACGAGUGUAUCCAAUGCAGGUGCUUGCUAUAAUGAAGAUCAUGCUGUUAGUGUA